GCAGCCUCCAAGUAGCACUGGACUAUAAUACUCAUAAUAACGACUGUGUAUUGUUAAGUGGAAAAAAAUAAUUAAACUUCCAGUUUCAUGUGUACUGUGUGAAUUGUUGAGCAAUGUUUAUGAUAAAGGCUCGUAGCCAAUCAAUAUCGUUUGUUUGAGUUCAAUAUCUGCUUAUUUUCCUUUCGGGUCGUGUGUUUGUAGACGCAUUAUAGACUGAUAUGGCAACAUAGAAGUGUUUGUUUAGCGCAGUGAGUGAGGACGACUGUCCCGCGUCGCUCCGGGGCCUGCGGUCGACACUCGAAACUCAAUUAUAUCUGCUGUUUACUUCCACAAUAUUACUAUGGUGUAAAUGUUAUAACAAUAUUUGAAUAUCUAUUGUAAACCAUAGGCUCACGGAAUCGAAGUUAGUUAUAUAAAAUUCCCCUCCAAUAUGUAUCGGUGAACAUGCGCGAAUAAAUAGUACAAACAACCGAUUUAGUGCUUGAAGUGGUUCAGUGUAUUUACUUAGAAUACGACCAAACCAAUCAUGGAUUCGAAAACGGACAAAAUUCCACCAACUGGUGUACCGGUGGAAGCUGGCGUCGAAGAGCUACCGUUGAAAACAGAAAAAGCACAAACUGUAGAAAACAUGACUUUUAUACAGAAACUAAAAUAUCUGAGGUCAAAUAUAACGGUAGAACCUGUUCUUGCUAUGUUUGUGAUGCCUAGUGUACUAGCGAUGCUGGCCACGCAGAAUCUUAAUUUAGACAAAGCGUGCCGGGUCAACUUAGGGUUCGGCGACGAAGUAUGCACCGCGCUGAGACUGAGGAAGAGGGCCAACUUCACCAUGCAAGAGGAUGAGGUGCAGAAGCUGAUAGCUUCAGUGUACGCGUGGAAGAGUGUCAUACACACAGGCAUACCGACCUUGCUCAUGCUCUUCAUAGGAGCAUGGAGUGACAAAACGGGGAAGCGGAAAAUAUGCAUGUUGCUACCGAUCAUUGGGGAGUUCAUGACGUGUAUGCUUAAUAUAAUGAACACGUAUUUGUUCUAUGAGGUCCCAGUGGAGUGGACUGUGUUCAUGGAAGUGAUAGUCCCCGCGCUGACCGGCGGCUGGUACACGAUGUUCCUGGGGACCUUCAGCUAUUUGAGCGAUAUCACGUCGAAGGAAACGAGGACUUUCCGCCUAGGGCUUUUGAGUUUAUGCAUGACAAUAGGUUUUCCCAUAGGAAUGGGCAUGAGUGGAGUGUUGUUGAACAUACUGGGGUAUUAUGGAGUGUUUGGUAUAUCGGCUACGUGUUUCCUUGUGAAUUUCUGUUACGUAUACUUCAGGCUUGAGGAUCACACCUGGCUAGAAAACAAGGAAAAGACCGCGAUAGCAGGAAACAUAAGUUUUUUGAAAAAGUUUUUCGAUUUUGAGAGUUUGAAGGAAACACUGGGCAUCGCUUUCAAGAAAGGACCAAAGAAUCGCAGACUGCGCAUAUGUUUGGUGCUGACAGGAGUCUGUCUCUACUUCGGACCACUUAUGGGUGAAAUGAACAUCAUGUACAUAUUUGUCCGUUACCAGUUCAACUGGAAUGAAGUGAAGUACAGUAUGUACGCCACAUACAGCCUUGUUCUACACUCUGUCGGCACACUACUGGCCAUAAGCGUGUUCAGUAAGAAGCUGGGGGCCGACGACGCAGUGCUGGGCAUGGUGUCCACGACCAGCAAGAUCUGCGGCGCGCUCGUCAUAGCCUUCGCCAAGACCGACCUACAGGUUUAUAUGUCCCCGCUGGUUGAGAUCUUGAACGGGACCACAGCAAUCGCUUUGAGAUCUAUCGCGUCCAAAUUAGUGUCGUACCAGGAAUUGGGAAAAGUCUACUCGUUAUUCGGUCUAACGGAGACGAUGAUGCCACUGAUAUUCGCGCCCAUAUACUCCAAGCUGUACGUGGCGACCCUGCACGUGCUACCCGGAGCCGUGUUCCUGCUGAGCGCGGCCUUCACUGUACCUUGUGUGCUUAUAUUUGGAUGGUUCUACCACGAACACAAAAAGGACCGCAAGGAGAAAAGGCUCGAAAUCCCGCCAAGCUCUGGAAAUAGCCCAGACGCAAAUAUUUCCUAGGAAAUAGUUUCAAAAUUAUAGGUAAUACUCAUAUUACUCAUCGAUAGUUAUCUUUUAAAUUUUGCUUCUUGGACAUUUAUCAGAAAUGGCUGACGAGGAUGACAUAAGUAUUUUGUAAAAUAUAGAUUAUUAUUCAUUUCUUGUAAAAAAGGCACAAAUAUAAAUACCUAAAAUAAUAUAAUAUAAGACUGUAUGUUGGGUGUGUUUAAUGUAAGACUGUAUUAUUAAAUAUUUUUACCUAACAAUGUUA